AUGCAGUUCAAGACCAUCUUCGCUACCCUCGCCGCCUUCGCCGCUGUCGCCUCGGCUCUCCCCACCUCUUCCUCCGAGCAAAACGGCAACGGCCAGUGUGCUGUUGGCCAGGCCCAGUGCUGUUCUCAGGUCCAGAAGCAGGGCAAGGAUGCUUCGGACGCCCUUGCCGGUCUCGGCCUUGCCUUCAACCAGAUUCUCGACGGUGCUAUCGGUCUUGACUGCCAGCAGAUCCCUGUCGGUGUCCUCGGUGGUGCCAUCGCUAUCCAGAACACCUGCAAGAACACCGCCGUCUGCUGCCAGGGCUCCGCCAACAACGGUUUGAUCCAGACCUCGUGCACCCCCCUCUCGAUCAACUAA